AUAAAGGGGGAAAAAGAAGUAAAAAAGAGUUGCUGCCAUAAUCCGUAUAGAAAGUCAUUUUUUCGACUGAUCGGAAAAGAAGGCUCCCGCCGGAGGAGAUCAGAGCUCAAAGCCAAAAGUAUGCAUCUAAUCAAUGCGCUGGCGGUGGUCCGAAUGACCACAAGGGAGAUGACGCUAGGCGCAGAGAUAGAAUUCGGCACAUUCACAUGGUAUCUCUACGUCGGGAUCUCAUGUGUCCUAGUCCUCUUCGCCGGAAUCAUGUCCGGCCUCACCCUAGGCCUCAUGUCCUUAGGCCUUGUCGAGCUCGAGAUCCUCCAGCGCAGCGGAACUCCUACCGAGAAGAAACAAGCAGCUACAAUAUUCCCAGUUGUUCAAAAGCAACAUCAGCUUCUUGUAACCUUGCUUCUAUGUAAUGCUGCUUCAAUGGAGGCCCUUCCUAUAUAUUUGGACAAAAUUUUCAACCAAUAUGUUGCUAUUAUCCUGUCUGUAACUUUUGUGCUGGCAUUUGGAGAGGUUAUUCCUCAAGCAAUAUGCACCAGGUAUGGACUUGCUGUAGGAGCAAAUUUUGUCUGGCUUGUUCGCUUUCUAAUGAUCGUUUGCUACCCUAUUGCCUAUCCUAUUGGAAAGAUUCUGGACUGGGUAUUAGGACAUAAUGAAGCUUUGUUCAGACGUGCUCAGUUGAAAGCUCUUGUUUCUAUCCACAGUCAAGAGGCUGGCAAGGGGGGUGAACUCACACAUGAUGAAACAACUAUUAUUAGUGGAGCACUGGAUUUGACUGAAAAGACAGCUGAGGAGGCCAUGACACCCAUUGAAUCAACAUUUUCACUGGAUGUCAAUUCAAAACUAGACUGGGAAGCAAUGGGAAAAAUUCUUGCUCGAGGUCACAGUCGAGUCCCUGUCUACUCUGGCAAUCCAAAGAAUAUUAUUGGGCUUCUGCUGGUCAAAAGCCUUCUUACUGUUCGGGCAGAAACUGAGACCCCAGUUAGUGCUGUUUCUAUCCGCAGAAUUCCUCGGGUUCCUUCAGAUAUGCCCCUCUAUGACAUACUGAAUGAGUUUCAGAAAGGUAGCAGUCACAUGGCUGCUGUAGUGAAGGUGAAAGGCAAAAGUAAAAACCCUCCAUUAAUAGAAAAUGAACAAUCUGAAGCAGCUGAAACUGAUGGGGAUUCUCAGUUAACUACUCCUUUGCUCACCAAGAAGGAUGAGAAAUCGGAUAGUGUUGUGGUUGAUAUUGAGAAGGCAGUGGUCCCAGCUCCCAUAAACAUCCUAGCAUCUAAUGAUACUGAAACAAAUGGCUUGCCUCAAUCCUCAGAGGAUCUCGAGGAUGGUGAAGUAAUUGGCAUCAUCACCCUGGAAGAUGUGUUUGAAGAGCUUUUGCAGGAGGAAAUAGUAGACGAGACCGAUGAGUAUGUUGAUGUACAUAAAAGGAUACGUGUGGCUGCAGCUGCAGCUGCUUCAUCAGUGGCACGUGCUCCAUCGAUUAGGAGGCUGACAGCCCAAAAAGCAGCUGGAGGCCAGAAUAGACAAGGACAGACCCCGAGAAAGUCAAGCGAGGAUGUCAGGAGAGGACAUCUCAGCGAGCCUCUUCCUGGGAACAAGAAAUAGGUAAUGCAGCCAUGUUUUCUAGAGUUUAUUCAGAGUACGUAAUUUGUUUAGACUGUAUCCUCUGAGAAUGCCAUGAAAAGAGAAGGUGAAAGAAAAAAGGCAUCCUUUAAGAGGCUCUGUAGUUUAUGACCGACCAAAAUCCAAAUUUUACUGAGAUUUAAAUGUGUGAAUGCGAAGUGUAUAUUACUCCGUAUAUUCUUUUGCACUCUGUUACUUCUUCCCAUGUUGAAAUGAUAUUUUUUAUAAAAACCAUGGCUUCUUUUUCUCCA